ACUCGCCAGCUCAUUCGUAGCAAAAACCUCGAGCGAGUCGGACCGCCGAUUUCUCCACGUCCACACGCACACUUGUCGCACGCCCGCACACACCCACAAACGAGAGCGCGCGCGCCAAAUAAACACGUACUACGUUGGAAGUUGUUUUGUAUUCAGUGUGCCUCUAUCUCGUCGUCGUCGUCGUCGUCGUUUUCUUCAAGAUCCAAGCAGGCGCGCGAGAUAUAAAUAAGAACAGUUAGAAGAGAAGACAUUUCGCGCGCGCAUUUUUUUAAACAGUCAGUCAGUGAGAUUCAGUUUGUAUAAGGUUGAGUUUGCUGUUUGCUGCUGGUGAGGAAGAAUUUGGAUUCCAUCAACGACUAAGUGGCUGACGCAGAGUUGUGUUCCCGAUUCGGCGGUGAAAACUAGGUUGUGUAACAGUUGAAAGGGGUCACCGAUAUGACGUUUGACUAAUGGCAAGUGCAACCUGUGAGGCAUCUUCUAGAGUGCAAAGUGAAGCCAACCAACUAGUUGGCAGAACGAUGGGUAGCUGAAAAAACAAGCAAAAGAGGCUGUGAAUGAAUACGUUAGCUGGAGAAGUUUAUGAAGUGACUACAGAACGGAAUCACAAGUGCUCAAGUGGCUGCCGAAUAAUACAACUGAAAUACUAUAAGCAACAAGGCUGUGACAAAAAGUGCUUGUGAAACAAAGCGGGAAUAGUAUGUGCUUAACUUUAUCUGGUAGCAAGUGAUAGAAGAGAAACAACAAUCAACAUGACAGCCAGCAAAGUUCAACCGCGACCAAACAGUUUCCUAUCGGCAUCGACCGCCGCUCCCCAGAAUGGUGCCCUGGCCAGCUACGGUAAUGCCGCUCACCUCCAGCGGAACACCAAACGGUGCCUGUUCGGGAGGCCAGAUCCCGCCGAGACAAAAAGACUGUACGACGAAAGUGUACAACAGGAUCGCCAGCGGUUCAUAACUCAGUACCGCUUCGAUACCGUAACCGGCCAACCCGUUGGAAGCUCCUCGAUCUCAUCCUACCCUUCCUCGUCGUCGUCGUCGGCGUUACGCAGAAGCCCCACCAGAGAGUACAGCAGCGGUCGGUCAAACGAGGCCGCCAACAACAAACGAGCCGUGCCAAGAUGAUUCCCUGGAUGUUCCGGAACCACCGCAGCAGAAAUCUUCAAUAGAUCUGUCCCGUGCAACAGUGUUUGUCGCAACCUUCGCAGAGAAAGUCUUCCAACCACACAAAUAUAAGCUAAGCUUAAAGGCUACCGUUCGAUCUACUCCAAUAAGUAUCCCCAGCAGGAAUUUCUAACACUGAAGGUCAUCUUCACCUCCACUUGUACCACCACCAUUACAAGAGAACAAGAAUGGACCCUUUCACAGUAAACCGUUUUCUUCAACACUAGCAUUCACACAUUGAGCAGGAAAACAUCAACACCAGGGGGUUAAAACAAAACAAUAACUAUUAUUUUCAACUUGAAAUGCAUAGCCUAGAUGACGAACCUCUCGCGAGCCUUGGAAGCGUGAAAUACAGACCAUAUGAUCCAAGAGCCGUCGAGAGUUUCAAUUUAUUUUCUUAUUUUAAUAAUACUAAUGUAAUCAAAAAGCAAACUUUGUGAUAAUUUAUAAAAUAUGCGUGUCCUGUUUGAAAAGUUAGCGAGAAAAACAAUUGAAACAAAAGAUCACCGACUAAGCGUCGACCUAUUUUAACAAAACAAAAACACAUACCGGCCUGUAACCAAUUGGCAAACCAGAAAGAAACGCGAAAGAACCAAGAACCGCACGCGCGUUACAAAGAGUUCUUUCAUUGUUAUAUUAAUUUAUAGCAAAUUUUGUUGAGUAAGGACGAAAUUUUUCCCCUUUGAGUAGUUUUUAAGUAAUGUAACGAAAUCGUUAAUAUUUUUUUCAAACCCCCUCUUCGAGCAAACACUCACAAACAUACCAACAAAGUCUACGUGGCUGAUCUUGUAGACGACGGGAAUCAAAGUGUUUGGUCUUCUUUUCUACCAUCUCCCCUCACACACAUUUUUUUCUUAUUAGUUGAACUCAAUCAAAGAAACAAAAAGUUUGAUCUCAUAAUAUUAUUAAACCUUGUUUUAGAGCUGAUAAUGCGUAGUUGUUAACGUGAGAAUAGUAAACAUGAGAUAAUUCAGCAAUUGAAGAUUUGUUCAGUACAAAGCAAAAUGAAGAAAAAUACAAGCACAUCUACACCUUUCUCCAUUCAGUUUCCGUACUAUCAAAAGUUUCCACGCGAAAAAGCGCAUUUCCCUCCAGAAAAUUUGGCUGAAUGUACUGACACAUGAAAAUUCACAGUUUUGAAAAUGGUUUUGGAUGUUCACCCUUCACAGAUACAGUUUCACCAUUCGUUAUUUUUAGCAUUGAGAUUUUAAAGGUAACUUUUACUGCACGUACACAUACACACACACACGAAAGUAAAUUUUAUUGCCAUAAAAGUUAGGAAGAAACUAAUAAUAAUGAAAAAAUGACGAGUAGAGAUUUUCCUUAAACAAGUUUUCAAACAGCAUACCCUGUAGGUGCAAGAUAAAAAAAACCGUUUUUUUUUUCUACCGAAUAAGCUAUUGAAAUGUCCACCCACUUCCGGAUGCGCAAAUGUACGAACCUCAAGUUCAAACAGAUGAAAAGUAAGGGAAGGCAAAAAUGAUUAAUUCUAUAUUUGCAAUAAAUACAUAAGAUCAAUGAAAAUGUAUAA